AUGCUUCCCUUGCUCAAGACCCCGCUGACGGGCCCUCCAGUGGACGGUGCAGCUACCCUGGACACCCACGACGAAACCCUGUUCGACAACCCCCAGUUUGAGCACUACGAAGCCACGUCGAACAUCCAACUCUUCUUCGAUCUGUUCUUCGUCGCGAACCUGUCCUCCUUUACGGUGGUCCACGAGAUCAACAGCAAAGAGAGCCUGGAGUCGUAUAUUGGAUUCGUCUGCGUCCUGUGGUUUACCUGGUGCCAGGUCACUUUAUAUGAUGUCCGCUUCGCUACAGACAGCAUCUUCGAACGCAUUGCCCAUGCCUGCCACUUUGGCGUCAUGGUUGGCUUCUGCGUCGUCUCACCCAACUUCCUGGCAGACGAUGGCUGGGGCCCUCUGCAGCAGCUUUCCCUUCUGCUCAUGGCCAGUCGCUUGACGCUAUUUGCUCAGUAUGGAACCACUCUAUUCUUUACAUGGCGGUAUAAGCAGACAUGCGCGCCUCUUAUCAUCGUGAUGGCGUCUCUGCUCCUGGCGGCGAUGGUAUAUCUUGGAAUAUCAUUUGCGUUUUAUCACCGCGUGCAUUGGCACUCAUAUGUGGCCUGGUAUAUCAUUGCCGUCACCGAAGUUGUCAUCAACGUACUUGUCGCAGCCUUAUGGCCAGCACUCUCCCUGUGGAGAACACAUCUGGUCGAGAGAAUGACCUGCCUGACUCUUAUCAUUCUGGGCGAAGGCAUUCUCGGCCUGACCAAGACCAUUACCAAAAUAAUGAAGCUGGAUAAAAAGUUCAUCUCGGCUGAUAUUGGGAUGCUGAUAUCUGCCGUUUUGCUGAUUUAUUUAUUCUACCAGCUCUACUUUGACAGUAUCCGCCUACAGACCUUGGGGUCCUAUCGGCAGCAUUUCUGUGCCAUCCUGCACUUCCCAUUUCACCUCGCCCUGUGCCUGGUCAUGGAGGGCAUAAACCAGACGCUGCUGUGGGCCCAUAUCGUUGGAACCAUUACCUCACUCUUCAACCCUCUACUAUAUGGGAUUGAGAACGGAACAGUACCCACAGCGAAACUGCAAACGAUGCUCAGCGACCUGUUUACUGAUAUCUUCAGUCGCUUUGAGACAACGGACGUUGUUUAUCAACAGGCGUUCACUUCCCUCAAUGAGACCUUGGCCUUGGACCCCAAUGAAAGCCCCAUUCAAUUCCUGAAUGCUUCCUUCUCCGCGAUCAUGCUGUCUGCCAAAACAGUCGUGGAAAACUUUGGAUGGGAGAUACCAACCGAGAUAGAGGGAGAGGGUCCACUCGUCUUCGCGGAGACCUUUGACGCGGUACUGCGAGUAUUCAACUUGACCUUUGGCUACUUCGCCGUCUGCACUGGCCUGGUCAUUAUUUUCUCCAGUGUAUUCUGGAUCCUCUGCUCCGACCACACUACUGGGGCUUCCCUCCCGCGGUACAUCUCUACUGCAGUUAACAUGCUUGUCGGUCUGGCUAUUGCCUUGCUUAGCAUCUUGACUGUUGCGAGUGCUGCAGAGAACCUGGGAGAGACAGCUUGGUGUCUCCCAGCACUUAUGCUCAUUAUGCUUGGACUGAUUGUGAUAAACCACCUUCCUCGGGGGUACUACACACCGAAGAUCGAAGAACAUGCGUAG